CCUCGCCCUCGCUUGCGCCACUCUCAUCUCUCCCUUAACCCCCCCAAUCAAAAGACGCGAUUUUUCUCAACAAACCCUAGAAUCAAUCAUACAAACCCUAGAAAAAAAAAACCUCAAACCUUAGAAAAUUUCUAUGAGCCUCAAACCCUAGGUCUCCAACAAUGAUCACGGAGAACUCGUCCAAUUUCGAUGACUUCGAGAAGGAACUCGAAGCUCUACUCAGCGAACAGAACAACAGCAGAGCUGCGGCUCUGGAUCGAGAGCGGGAUCUCAACAUUUUCCGAAGCGGCAGCGCUCCGCCGACUGUCGAGGGCUCGAGGAUUGCGAUGCAGAGCUUGGUCCUCUCUGACGAGGAGAUGAGGGCUCAUCCUGAUUACUUGUCGUAUUAUUAUGGGAAUGAUAUCUUGAACCCUAGGAUGCCGCCGCCACUUGUGUCGAGAGAGGAUUGGAGAGUGGCUCAGAGGUUUAGGACGGCGAAAUCGGCGAUUGGUGACAGGAGGACUAAUGGAGGCGGGGGAUCCUUGUUUUCGGUGCAGCCUGGGUUGCCGAGGGGCGAUGAUGGGGGGAGAGGGUUGAAGGAGGAGGAGUGGGGUAAUGGUGGGCUGAUUGGGUUGGGGGAUGCCGGGUUGGGGACGAGGAGGAAGAGCUUUGCAGAUGUUAUUCAGGAAGACCUCGUCAAUUUGCCUUCAAUAUCUCCACAUCCUCCUCGCCCAGUUAAUCGCAAUGCUUAUGCCAGUUCUAAUGAUGUGAACAGGCUUUCUGAUGUCCAGCUGCCACAUAAUGGCAUGGGUUUGGUUGGUGGCUUAUGUUCUGGAGAAGCAUCUCCAGGACUGCUUAGGUCACAGUCCUUCGCGGCAGCUGUUGGUUCCUCUUUAUCCAGAAGUACAACACCAGAACCUCAUUUGAUGGAAAGGUCCUCAAGCCCAUGCCCUCUUCCUAUUGGGGAAAGAUUGAUCGAUGCUCAAAAGAAGAUUGUUUCAAAUGGCUUUGGUGGUGCUGCUUCUCACAUGGAUGAUUCUGGUGAUAUAGCAGUUGCCCUAUCUGGCUUAAGUCUUUCACAUAAUAUGAAAGGACAUGGGGAGAACUAUGCCCCGAACCAGCUUCAGCACGAUUUCACUGAUCAACCAGAAGGGCUAUAUAAUAUGCAUAAUGGCCGAAACAAGUAUUUGCAGCAGAAGCUUAAGCCUGAAUCUGAGUCUCACCAUGGUCCUGUCCCUUUUCUGGCACAAAAUGGGUUUUCAAAGAAUAAUGGUGUUCCCAGUGAUCUUGGUCUAUCUGCAUUAGCUUCUAAUGGAAAAGUCAGCUUGCAAGAAAAAUCAUCUCCAAUGAAUCUAUCCAAGAGUAGCUUGGCAGGAUCUGGUGGUCAGUAUCUUACUGAUGUUGCAAACAGUGACUUUGUUGGACGCAAUUCAAACACACUUCAGAUGUUGCCGGCAAUGUUUAACAGUCAGCUUGAUGAAGGUGGUGGUAUGGCAACUGGUUCAGAAGGAAAAUAUAUUUUCAGAACUGGAAAUCGACCAGGAGCUGCUUUUCAGACACCAGUUGUUGACCCAUUUUAUGCACAGUAUCUGCAGAGAGCUUCUGAUUAUACUACAGACCUGAAUGAUCCUGCUUUAGGGAGGAGCUACCUUGGUACUAAUCGCAUGGAUAUCUCGGAUUACAACAAAGCAUAUCUUGAAGUAUUGCUUGCACAGCAGCGUCUGCCUUAUGAUGGGCCCUACUUAGGCAAAUCCAGUUCUUUAAACAAUGGCUUCUAUGGGAAUUCUGCUCUUGGUCUUCACAUGCCAUAUCCAGCACUGGUUCCUGGAAGUCCACUAAGGCAUAAGGAACAGUUGUCACGGUUACCUUCUUCAUUUAGGAGUGGGGCUGGAGGAUCUAAAGGAUCAUGGAACCAUGUAAAUGGCAUAAUGGAACAAGGUUUUGCGUCAACUUUGCUGGAAGAAUUCAAAACCAACAAAACCAGAUCAUUUGAACUAUCUGAAAUUGCAGAUCAUGUGGUUGAAUUCAGUGGUGAUCAAUAUGGAAGCCGCUUUAUUCAACAAAAACUGGAAACUGCUUCAAUUGAGGAAAAGAAUAAAUUGUUCCCGGAGAUCCUUGCCCAUGCUCGCGUUCUGAUGACUGAUGUCUUUGGGAAUUACGUCAUACAGAAAUUCUUUGAGCAUGGUACAGAAAUCCACAGAAACCAGCUUGCCAGUCAACUUAUGGGCCAUGUUUUGCCUCUCAGUCUUCAGAUGUAUGGCUGCAGAGUAAUUCAAAAGGCCUUGGAAGUAGUUGAUGUUGAUCAGCAGACACAGAUGGUUUCUGAACUUGAUGGUUCAAUCAUGAAAUGUGUUCGUGAUCAGAAUGGCAAUCAUGUAAUCCAGAAGUGCAUUGAGUGCGUACCUCAAGAAAGGAUCCAGUUUAUUAUAUCUGCCUUUUAUGGACAAGUUGUGGCACUCUCUUCCCACCCCUAUGGUUGUAGAGUUAUACAGAGGGUCUUGGAGCACUGCGAUGAUCUGAAAACACAAAGCAUUAUGAUGGAUGAAAUUAUGCGAUCCGUGUGUAUUUUGGCUCAGGAUCAGUAUGGAAAUUAUGUGAUUCAACAUGUACUGCAACAUGGGAAACCAGAAGAACGGUCUGCAAUUAUCAGUAAGCUUGCUGGGCAGAUAGUGAAGAUGAGCCAACAAAAGUUUGCUUCUAAUGUUGUCGAGAAAUGUUUAACUUAUCGUACUUCCUGCCUGAACGCCAGAGUUCUUAUUCAUGAGAUACUUGGUUCCACUGAUGAAAAUGAACCGUUACAGGCAAUGAUGAAGGAUCAGUUUGGAAACUAUGUGGUACAAAAAGUUCUCGAGACCUGUGACGAUCAUAAUCGUGAACUUAUACUGUCACGUGUCAAGGUUCACUUGAAUACUCUGAAGAGGUAUACCUAUGGUAAACAUAUUGUUGCCCGAGUUGAGAAGUUGAUCACUGCUGGAGAAAGACACAUUGGGAUGUCAUCGUAUAGGACCUGAGACAACUACAGAAUAUCAAGCUAGUUCUUGUACAUAUAAUGAGGAUAGACAUAGCUGCUAGCUGCUGGAUAUUUUUCUUUUCAGCAUAAAAUGAGGAAGUUAGAAACAUGGCCUUUUUCAUGUAAAUAAAGUGAAGGCCUGUUGGAAUAAUGCAUGGAGCUUUUUUUAUUUCACUCUGUAUAGCCUUGAACUUAUAAUUUAGACUUGUAAAAAUUAGCUGCAGCUUUGAUGCCAUAAGAAGCGAUAUUUAGUGCAUAAGAUGUAGGACGAGGUCUCUAGUGUUUGUGAACUGUGUAAGGAUUUGUCACGGUUAACCAAGCUGUAAAAAGAACCAAGUGUGCAGAGGUCUGCCAAGACUUGUCUUUCAAUUUGAGAAAAUUUUGUCUA